AUGGGGACCAGGGUCGCUGACCAAGAGGGGCCUGGACACCCCCUGCCCCGCCCCCGGGGGCUGCUGCCCGGAAGGAGUCCCCGUAAUGGGCCCUGGCUGUGCAGGAGAGCCAGCGCGUCCCCAGGCAGGGUGGGGGUGGGCCAGGGCCCCCCGGGCACUGUGUGGGCCCAGACCCCAGAUAACAAGGGGACCGCACAGAUGGCAGCAGAGAUGGUGGCCGCUGGAGUCCUCCGAGCAGCUGGGUCUGACAUGCUGAGCCUGCUGGUGUUGGCACUGCCCGUCCUGGGGAGCCUGGUCCACGCUGACUUUGUCCCUUCCCCAGCCCCAGGCCGGGCCCUGGAGCGAGCAGGGAUCGUGGGGGGCUAUGAGGCACAUCGGAGGAGCUGGCUCUGGCAGGUGAGCCUGAGAUCCCCCGGCCAGUACUGGCAGCACUUCUGCGGGGGCUCCCUCAUCCACCCCCAGUGGGUGCUGACGGCGGCGCACUGCGUGGGACCAAAAUUCCGGAACCUGGCAGACAUCAGGGUGCAGCUGCACGAGCAGCACCUCUAUUACCGCGACAGACUGCUGCCCGUCAGCAGGAUCAUCCCCCACCCCAACUACUACACCUACCUGGACGGGGCGGACAUCGCCCUGCUGGAGCUGGAGGUCCCCGUGAACAUGUCCCACCAGGUCCACACGAUCACCCUGCCCCAGGCCUCGGAGACCUUCCCCCCGGGGUCGCGGUGCUGGGUGACAGGCUGGGGUGCCGUGGCAUAUGGUGUGCGGCUGCCGCCGCCGUUCCCUCUGAGGCAGGUGAGGGUCCCCAUAGUGGAAAACCACAUUUGUGACGCCCAGUACCACACUGGCCUCUCCACGGGGGACAACGUCCACAUUGUCCAGGAUGACAUGAUUUGUGCUGGGAAUAGCCGCAAGGACGCCUGCCAGGGCGACUCCGGAGGGCCCCUGGCCUGCUGGGUGAACGGCACCUGGGUGCAGGCGGGCGUGGUCAGCUGGGGCGAUGGCUGCGCUCAGCCCAACCGGCCCGGCAUUUACACCCGCGUCACCUACUACUUGGACUGGAUCCACCGCUACAUCCCCAAGGAGCCCUGAGCCAGGUCCCCAGGGCUGCCAGCCAGGUCACUGGAAAAGCCAGCACCCUCCUGUCCCCAACAUUGCUGCUUCCUACCCAGGUGGG